AUGAGGCGGCAUCGUGUUUUUGUGAUAUUUCAUCUACUUCUAUCAAUAUUCGUAGUUAGGAGUGUGCAGCAGUCAAAUAUUACUUAUGAAGAUUUGCCUGCGGAAUAUCGAUUACUAAUGUCCGAAGAUGUCUUCAACUCAGUCGUCCUCACCUCCAGCGAGCUUCCAAUCAUCCAGCAUAUCUUUGAGGAAUACGAUAGGCCUGUCCCUCACGAAAAUAUUACAGUAAUGCUAAAGGAGAGCGCUCCGAUAUUUCAUGAUAAGAUACAAGGAUUCCUGGAGAAGAUAGAUUUUCAGUUUGAGCUGUUGAGACUACAGUAUCCAAAUGAAAGUCAACAAUUCACUUGGAUUGAUCGGAGGAUGACAAAUUUUCUAGUGAACGAAGCGAUUGAUUUCUUUGCUUUUACACCCUUGAUCGAUGUACAUAUGAAUGAACAAAUUAGCAAGCUUCUGCCAAACGUGGAACAAGCUAUAGGAAAUUUAAGUACAGAAUUUGAAGCAAUUCUGGAGACACUUUCGGAUUCCAUGCUGAAACUACAACUAGAGGUCGUAAGCGAAGUUGAGAAAGAGUCGGAAAUAGAUGGAGAUUACGCGGCCGUAAAUAAGAGACUAACGGAAGAUGUUUACGAUAUGGUCCCUGAAUCCCUUGAAAAUAUUAAUCGAGUACUACCCUACGCUAUGAUAAACGCCAUGCAUGAACUGCAUCUAAGUCAAAUGGAGAAGAUCUGGCAAAUAUAUGGGAAUAUAUCGAAUGGUUAUGAUUAUUACAAGGGAUUAAAUUUGCCGGAUUUCCAAUCGUUUGAUGCUGAUUUUCUUGGAUGGACCGUCAGGCAGUACCUUGGGAAGUCAUUGGAUGCUUUGAUUGCACAUAAAAAAUUUUCGAUUGUUAAGGAUCUAGACGAUCUGGACCCCAUCGCCUUGGACUCCGUUCUGAACUCGACAAACUUCUCAGAUAGGCUCGACGCUAUACAUGAAGAACUAGAUUAUAUCUUAAACAAUAGAUUGAAAUUCCUGCUACUAUGUGCAAUUGGAUCGAUACCUCCACAAGAACAUCACUACGUGCGACGUCUGGUAGCCCACUACUUACCUGGAGAAAAGCUCCUCACUAAAGUGGCCGAACUCCAUGCAAAUGCCCCAUAUUUAUCUGGUAAGGUAAUAUUUGUUGCGGAGCGCGUUCAGGCUAUGGUUAGAUGGUAUUGCCGGAAGCAACCGCUAACCUGCACCAAUCUGAACAAGACUGCAGAGUUCGUGACCAGCUAUUACAUACGGGGUAUGCUUCGAAUUUUUGAUUUGCUACCUGAUGCCGAGAUUGACGGGCUUAAAAAAGUUCAAAUAUCGAUGAAACUCGAGAAGUAUCGCUAUAUAAUGGAAAGUCUUGAGAAAGAGUUACCAUCGCUUUAUACGGCUAUUGUUCGUGUCCAUGAAAAUAUUGAAAAGAAGCUGGGUGCGAUGAAUUUUCUGGGGACACAGGAAUUCGUUAGAAAGAUUGAAAUGGACACGAUGAGGGUGUUGAUCUUAAUUUCAUUGGGUAAAGAUGAUGAUCUUGAAGAUUUUCGGGAAUAUGCUAGGUCGUGGCGUCGUGGAUUCACCUCCAUGGGUCGAAAAGCGCGAGCCGAGAUUGCCGCCGCUUUACCUGAUUUUGCCAAAGCCCUCACAAUUGCUGCA